UAUAUGGCAGCCAUCUUGAAAAUAGUCGUCUCCUCGCGGUGUAUCUCGACGGACAUUUAAUUCUACCGGACCGAAUUUUUAUGACUUAUGUUAAAAGCUCGCAUCUGAUCAUGUCAACGGAAGAUUUUCAAACAAAAUACGCCUGUUUUAUGGACGGCUUGGUUAAAAGUACGGUCGCAGAAACAACCAAACUUUUUGAAACGGUGGUUGAUGAAUUAAAAGCAGAAUUGUCGAAGGUGAAGACGGAAAACGAGGCCCUGAAAACAACGUGCAGACAAAUAGCUACUGCGAAAACCUUUGCCAUUAAAGAGCCCGUCCAAAAUGGCUGUUCGAAUAUCCAGGAUAAAGCUGUGCAAUGUGAUAUUCUUCCUUACCAUCUUUUGAUGGUAGAUCAACCAGCGGUGCAAAGUGGAGAGGAACACGCCAAACAAUGUAAAGAAGAGCAAAUGAUGUACAUUGUCCUAAACAACCAUGAUGGUGUUGCUGAAAAAGAAGAAAAUCCAGACAUGACAGUUUCUAUUCCAAACCAUGAGGACUCUGAGCCUGUUGCCAGCAGAAACCUAUUGUGCACAUUUCCAGAUCCACCACCAACCACCGCUUGUGAGAAUGAAAUCGGAGACCCUGAGAUUGGCCAACAAUGUUUGACCAAAGCGCUCCGAAAAAGACAAGACACUCAAGUGACUAGUUUGGACGCGGGUCACAAUUUACCCGAGGCACCCAAUCGAUCAAUACAGCCUGUUAAUUAUGUCAUCUCUCUCGCUGCAAUUAACAACGGCAUGGAAGCUGGUCAAAUCUCAGCUCAGUCGUCGGAGGCAUCAGAGGUUCGAACUGAGCUGCCAUCAUUGGGAGACGUACUGAACGUCGAGCCAACACUUUGGAACAAACAGCUAGGAGAAAAGGAAAAAUAUAUCUUGACGAAAGUUAAGACCGAGUGGGAAACAGGAGACCAAAACGAUACCGAAAGAAACAUAACGACGCCUAAGAUUGUGAAUUUGUGUGGGCAAGCACCGUCGCCGACUAAGUGUAGCGACUCCGCAACGGUACAGGAUGCAAUGCUUCUCCUUGACGCAAUGGGUCACUCCAAGAAUCGUAGCGCCCCGCGGGAAGUACCGACACCCCGAGACUGCUGUCUUGGUUCUACUUCGGCAUCUCCGUUAGCUCCUCAAGCUUUGCCCUCGCCGCCGCCCGCCGACGUAAGUGAAAACGGCGUAGAAGCGGUCACAACAGACGACAACGAGACGCUUGUUGACGGUCGUACGACGCAAUCCGACAAUUUUCAGUUCAGCAUCGGCGUCGCUUCAGAGAAUCAACAAGAUGACGUUGCUUCUUCUGACAUGGCAUCAACAUCAUCGCCGACCAGCAAUUCUCUCGGGGCAACCGCGGUCCCAGACCUCGCCCCCCUUAAAGUCUUUGUCAAAUCGCCAUCCGCUCAUCUACGAGAAACGAGCGCUCCGCUUUCCCCGAAUCAGAUCUCGGUGUCAUCUUUCGGACUCUUUCGGAGGAAAAGAAAGGUUCACUCCCGCACAUCUGCUCCCCUCGUCACGUCCGACAAAACAGUCGGUCCAACGCAACAAAGGUCAAACCCAGCGGUGUUUAAAAAAGUCCAAAUAAUCAUUCGCAGAGCUCUCGAUGUCGUGGCCAGCCCGCUGCAAUUACCGGAGACACUCAACCAGGAUGCAAUUGGACCAGCCGACGCUAUGACAUCAUCAGAGGAACCAAACGCAGUCGCUCAAGUGACCUCAGAUCAAAGUCAAUCCUCGUUUCAGCAGGCCGAACCUUCAUCGCAGCAGACACACAUUUGUGAUAGUUUCCAAAUAAGUCCAAGCGAGCAAGCAGCGACUGAGAGCGUAGCGCUAACGGGCUCGUUGUCACCCCCGCGGCCGGAAUCAGAGCAGAUGAACAUCAGUGAAGAAAAAACUCCCGGAGAACAAGCCGAGUCAUUGUCAAGUCCGACUCUACCGCCAUCUCCGCAAAUGGAACCUUCAUCCGAGCCAGCGAGCUUUUGCCAAAAUUUAACUCCCGAGGAACAAGCGGCAGCAUCGUCGAGCGAGGGUGAGCCCGUAAAGUCUCGUCCUCCUUUCCCACUCAUCAAACUCAAAAGGCUGCCACGUCUGUCCGCUGGCUCCCUUUUGCUUCCACAAUCGUUAAGCGACGAUAGCGAAUCCGGAGACGUAGCAGCAGGUGCUAGCGCCUCGUCUCUCCUCGACGACCAGGCAUUAAAAACGACAACCCGUCCAUCGCAAGUCUCAACCAGCUCCUGUCCAGAUUUAAACGUCUCUUCUACCGUUCCCGAGGAGUUAUGUGGACCUCACUUGCCAUUGACCCAAAUCCAGUUGCUCGCGCAGCUGUGUUUGGCGCCUGUAAUUCAAGAUGCCGAAAAGGCAUCACCAAACAAUCCCCAAAAUGUGUCCAAUGCCCUUGGCGGGAAAAAGCUUGGCAAAGAAUCCAUCCUUGUCCAUCCUCGCACCACCCGCAAUACAAACUCUUGGACUAAAAGAACAAACACCAAACCAGAACCGCAGACAGGCAAGCCACCUAUCCCCAAAAUCGCCAGGAAAGCCAAAUUGGAAAGCGUUCAAGAUCCCACCCCGAAGCCUGUUCCAGUUCCCGCAAAGAGAGCCGUGUCCUUGAGUCCCACGGGGCCACCUAAAGAAAAUGCCUUUUCCCGACCAAGUCUCAGGAAUCAACAGAAGAGUGCGAGCAUCACUCAAAGUAAGACCGUUUCUGUCAGAACCCGAGACCCGGUCGUGCGUUUGUGUCGGUUAUCUCUAAAAGGCACUUUGUUUGUCAUCCCGUCGCCGCGCACAGCCGUUAAUACGCGUGUAAGGUCACGUAAAGAUCCCACCGCGAAGAAUUCCAAGAAUUGUCUCUCUCGUAGCAAAAUUGCUCGUGAGAAAAAUAUAAAUCUGCCUCGACACCAGUCUGCCAAUAAAAUAAAAAAAGAAAAGACAAAAAUCACGAGCGAGCAAAAAUUCCAAUUUCAUCCCGCCGGUAUGAAAAAUGCUCCAAGUGAAGCUCUCUGGAUUUACAAGGUUCCGGAAGAGCAAAUCGCCAAACAAGAAUCAAAUUCAUCAGGAGCGGAAAGCGGUUCCUCCAGUGUCCAGUCGCCCAAAUUGGCUAACGGCAGUCUGGUUAAGACGAGAGAAAAAUCGGGAUCCAAUCAAAAGUCUACCGUUGAAGAAAAUACAAACGUGCAGGACACGAAGAAAUCAGUCCAAAUGAUUAAAACCGAAUCCAAUAUAACUCGGCCGAUCAUUCGCCAGCCUGCGGGAAACAAAUGUCCGUCUCCGAUUGCGCGAGUAGGAGAAACCCCCCAGCAGCUUCGAUUUGUCAUCUCGGAGAAGAACCUGCUUAAGAACCAGUGCAGGUAUUGCGGCCGCGUCCUUUGCGACAGUACGUCCCUCAAUAGUCACAUCCGACUCCAUACGGGCCACAGGCCAUUCUGUUGCAAAAUUUGCCCAAAGAAAUUUCCCAACGGCAGAGGCCUGAGACGACACGUCCUCGUGCAUCGCAAGGGGAGGAAGCACGUUUGCCAGGAGUGCGGCAAAGGCUUCGUCUACAAAUUUGACCUCACCAAACACGUCCAGAUGGUGCACGGCAAAAUGAAGCCCUUCGUUUGCCAGCUGUGUGGCAAAGCCUUCUUCACAAAGCGAGACGUGGAGACCCACAUACGAGGCCACGCGGGGGAGAAACCCUAUCACUGCCACUUGUGCGAGAAGAGGUUUUUGAGGAGCACCGAACUCAGCGCGCAUCUGAGGUGGCAUCGCGGCGAGAAAAGACAUUGGUGCCCCUAUUGCGGCAAAGGAUUUUUCGACCAGACCAACCUGAAGAGACAUAAGUUUAUCCACACAGGAGAGAAACCACACUCCUGCCCACAUUGCCCGAAACAAUUUACACAGUCUGGACACCUGAAAAAGCAUGUUAAAAAUGUACAUAAAGCGCAAUGAGAGCAAGCCUGCGCGUUUUGUCAUCUUUCAGUCCUUUUGUAACAUUUAUAUCAUUUUCUAGGUAGAUUCAAUUCAUAAAAUGCCCGUGACACCGAGAUAAUAAAUAAAUAAAUAAAAUGAUUUCAAGAGUA